AUGUCAGGACUGCCGGACAUCAACGACCCAACAGCGAUAGCAGUCUGGAACAGAGCUGCUGCUCGUCUCGUGCGGGAGACCUUGGAGAGAAUCAUGACUUCGUCUGCGUCAACGGCCACCCCCAUGAAGCAUGCCUUCGAGAGGCGUGUUCAGGACGUUCAGUCGCCCAAAAGCGAUAUUAAUGCCCUGAUCCUCGACUACCUGACUAUGGAAGGCUAUCCUAAUGCUGCCGCAAAAUUCAGCAAGGAAGCCAAUAUGCAACCCCACCAAAUUGACGAGACGAUUAAAGUCCGUCAGCAUAUUCAAAAGUCAAUCCACACUGGAAGCAUUCAGUCCGCUAUUGAGGCGCUGAACGAUUUUGACUCGGAGAUUCUGGACCAUGAUCCGACUUUGCACUUCGCUCUGCUCCGUCUACAGCUUGUCGAGCUGAUCCGUUCGUGUACAAACACGCCUGGCGGUGAUAUCACUCCCGCCUUGACUUUUGCCACAAAUCACCUUGGCCCUAGGGCGCCAACAGAUUCCCGUUUCCUCAAAGAUCUUGAAGAGACUAUGGCAUUGUUGAUCUUCCCUCACAAUGACCUCGAGCCCCAGUUGGCAGCCAUCUUGCACCCAGACCUGAGACGGGAUGUGGCAGAUCAUGUCAACAAGGCUAUCUUGCAGCGUCAAUCUGAGCGUAGGGAAGCGGCGAUUCGACAGCUGGUUAAGAUGCGGGCAUGGGCCGAGUCGACUGCACGAGCUGAGAAAAAGGCUCUCCCUGAUCGAAUCGGGCUCGGCUUGAAUGGAGACGAGAGUGAUGGGCACGACCAAAUGCAGCUCUCCUAG